UGGCCCAGUUGGGAGCGGCGGCAGCUAGGCCCAGCCGGACCGCACCUGCGUGCCGCAGGAACCAGGUGCCGGCGCCGGGUCGCCGGGCAGGAAGUGGCUGCCGCUGCGAGAGGACAGCCCGGCGGGCGGGGAAGGCCGCGCCCGAGUCCCAGCUCGCGGAGCAACUCUUCAUGGCGUCGCCGGCGCCCACGGGCCCGCAGGACGAUGCCUCGGCCGUCCUUGACGAGCUGUCUCGGAACUUCACAUACUGGGCGCCAGGCCCGAGCAACGGCUCGCUGACGAGCGCCUGGUAUCACAGAAACCAGAUUCACCUUUUUGGAGUUCUGCUGGCCAUUUUAGGAAACCUGGUUAUCAGCAUUUCCCUAAAUAUCCAGAAUGCAGGUCUUGAAGAAGGUAUGACACUAGCAUUUGCAGGAACAUAUUUAUUGGUGAACUUUGCUCCAAACAUCACCCAGGCUAUCUCAGCAAGAACAAUACAGUAUUACUUUGUUGGGUGGCAGUUCCUGGUCUACGUGAUUUUAGAAAUCCUAGUUUUCUGCAUCCUUCUGUAUUUCCAUAAGAGAAAAGGAAAGAAGCAUAUCGUGAUCCUGCUCACCCUGGUGGCACUCCUCGCCUCAUUGACUGUGAUUUCUGUGAAGGCUGUCUCAGGCAUGAUCACUCUUUCCGUGACGGGUAAAAUGCAGCUAACUUAUGCCAUCUUCUACAUCAUGCUUGUCAUCAUGGUAGCCUCUUGUGUUUUCCAAGUCAAGUUCCUGAAUCAAGCCACAGAGCUCUACACAAUGACCACAGUGGUGCCAGUCAACCAUGUUUUCUUUACAACCAGCGCUAUCAUCGCGGGCAUCAUAUUUUACCAGGAAUUCCUUGGUGCUGCUUUUCUCACUGUAUUUAUAUAUCUUUUUGGGUGCUUUCUGUCAUUCCUUGGAGUAUUUUUAGUGACAAGAAAUAGAGAAAAGGAAUAUCUACAACAGUCUUUUAUUGACUUUGGGAAUAUUCCUGGGAAACAAAUGUUGGACAAAAUACAACCAGAUUCAAAUGGCUUAUCCUAUGGAAGCUUGCCUGAUGGAGGCGACUCAACAAGGGGCCGGCGCGCAGAGAAGAAAGAGGCCUAGGUUGCCGAGAGGGGUGGCGGUUGGCCCGCUAUGCAGUACCACCUUUUAAAGGAUUGCACAUGUUCGCUCCGUGAUUGUCAGCAGCUAUUUCACGCUGACAUGUGUGCGCAUUCGAUUCAGCUCUCCCCCCACUGUGGACAAUCAGGGCCUUCCUAAUCUCUCACAGUCUAAUGCUCUCAUGGAAUGUAGCUCCGAGUGCCCCACACCCUGCGUCUCUCCCUAGCGAGCAUCUCACUGGCUGCAUCCUAAUGAGAGCCUGGCUGCCGAGCAGGGCUGUCACACAAAAAUGUGCACUCGAGAUUUGGCCAUAGAAGGCAGAGGUUGCUUCUCCAUGUGGCUCGCAGAAUCUGCUUGUUGGCCCCGAAAACACCCUCUCGUGCUACAACCUUAGUCUUUAAAGGAAGAUUUGACGUGCUCGUUCUCAGGUGCCUUCUAUGAACCUCUCUUAAGGAAUCCACUCCCUUUUCCCUGCUGUGUGGCAAGCCACCGUCUCAGCCAAUUCUGUUAAAAAUCUUCCUUUGGAAAUAAAGGGCCUCCUUACAAAAUUGA